AUGGCCGAGGCCAAAAUUGAAUCACCUACUGCUCCUGCGCCGCGCAAACGGGGCCGUCCCCGAACAGUUACCGACGAACAAGAAAUCCCAGAGAGACGUCGCAAACAACUACGUGUCGCACAGCAAGCAUAUCGCAAGCGGAAAGAGAACACAAUUACCAAUUUGCAGACCCGCGUGCAAGAGCUCGAAUCUGGGAUCGAGGAUCUCAGCCAGUCCUUUUUAUCAUUCAGUAAUCUGCUUCUCGAAGCCAAAAUACUCCAAACAAAUCCAGAUAUCACUUCCGCCUUGCAGAAAAUUACCCAGCAAUGCGUUGCGCUCGCGAAACAAGGAUGCGAUGGUGAACCCGAAGAGAAAGCAGCCGUCGAUAUUGUCGACACGGUGGUGAAAGUCAACCGCAGCAAGCACAGUAAGCCGGAAAUAAACCUGGAUUUCGAUACGGAAAUAGUACAAGCGAAUAGUAUUUCGUUUCCCGAAGAUCCAUUUCAACCUUCAUUAGCCACAUUGGCUCAUUGGACACAAUUACCGCCUACGCCUCCUCACCAAGACCAAUCUAUUCUCCCCUUCGGAAUCGUCUACUCCCCGCCUCCUCUUUCCUUUUCGAAUCUAAACCAGUCAUUACCGAGUCCCCCGAUAACGCUAUCUCCGAAUAGUCUUACACAGCAAGGGCGAUGGAAUCUCUCCCAGCGACUUGUGCGACAAUGUUGCCAAAAUGGUUAUUGGUUAUUGACCAACGACCCCUAUGAUGAAGCAAAAAUCGAAGAGAUCUUCAGAGCCCCAUUAUCAACAAAUGAACGCAAUCGGAUGAUCUCGUCAUUCUAUAAUACCAUGCACGAUGAGGUUGGAGAGCUGAUCGAACGCAAGGCAAGGGUACUCAACCCCGUAUACAAUGUGAGGGAAACCCUCUCGCCAGAGCAGCUCGCACGCACAUCACGAGCAUGGAAAUUUAUCACCGAGUCGGGAGCUGGGGAGUAUAUGGAUGCUAGUGGAGUGCAAAGGUAUCUGGAGCGGAAAGGGGUCCAGAUCUCAGAUAGUGAUUCUGCAAGUGGAUACUCCAGUCCAUCCAUCGAUUAUAUGACAGAAAUUAAUGCGACAUUGUUCAUACGAUAUCUUUCACUCCGAUGUAUUUGUGUUGGUGCUGGGCCAGCAUUCAAACGGAAGGACGUCGAAAAGGCCUUGUACAUGUCGAGCCCGCAUAAUCAGUGGCAAAUUUGA